AUGUUGAUUUCCCCAUCUUUGCAACCAAUGUUGGAAAAACGUUACCCAGUGGGCAUGUCCAAAGAGGAAAUUCCUUCAUCUAGCAGACCAUUAAGAAAGAUUCCGUGGGAUGAAGUUAUUGAACAUAACAAUUCUGCCAUAUGGAUAGUGGUUCAUGAUAAAGUCUAUGAUGUGACAAAGUUUAUGGAAGAGCAUCCUGGUGGUGAGGAAGUCUUGUUAGAACAAGCAGGAAGGGAUGCUACUGAAGCCUUUGAGGAUGUUGGCCACUCACCUGAUGCUCGUGAAUUACAGCAGAACUAUUUAAUAGGAGAGUUAGCUGCACCUGGUACCAAGCCAAGUGUUCCAAUAAAAACAUCAGCUGAUCCUCCAGAAGGUGGAAG